AUGUGGCCCCCCCGUCUCCCUCCCCUUCCAGAGAUGUCGGAAGAAGUCCGACAGAAAAAAUUGGCGGAGGCCAGGAAAAAGUUGAGAGAAUUCCAGCAGCAGCGAGGCAUCGGUGCUCCUUCAGGAGCUAAGAAGAAAAAGAAGGCUAAAAAUGGCAGUAGCCCCGAGACAACCACCUCUGACGGUCACUCGCCUGAGGAUUCUGCGUCCUUCGUCAAUGGGGAGGGACUAGCGUCUUCCGCUAAUAUAAAGGCUCUGGAGAGCCGGUACCAAGAACUAUCCCUAGCCCUGGACUCCAGCAAUCUAACAAACAAACAACUCAGUAGCGAGAUAGAGGAAUUGAAACGGCAGAACCAGGAAAUCGCAGAUCAAUUAGAAAAGGAGAAGCAGGAGUAUAAGCAGAAGCUCGCGAAGGAACAGGGGGCGCUGAGGGAGCAGCUGCAGGUUCACAUCCAGACCAUAGGGAUCCUCGUGUCUGAGAAGACAGAACUACAGACGGCGCUGGCCCACACUCAGCAGGCAGCCAGGCAGAAAACAGGCGAGGCCGAGGACCUUGCUGGGCUGCUGCAGUCCUCCCAGCAGCGCGUCGGCGAUCUGGAGCGGACGCUGUGUGCCGUCUCCACGCAGCAGAAGCAGGCGGACAGGUUUUCCAGUCAGUCUGAAACCCCCGACAGGAAGGAGCAGCUGCAGCAGGCGCUGGAGGAGCGGGCGCAGCUGGAGACACAUGUGGAGCAGCUGAAGGAGCUGCUGAAGCAGCUCCAGAUGGAGAGAGACCAGUAUGCAGAGAAUCUGAAAGAAGAGAAUGCCAUCUGGCAACAGAAGAUGCAGCAGAUGUCAGAGCAGGUGUGCAAGCUGAGGGAGGAGAAGGAGCAGAGCGUGAGUCAGGUGCAGGAGCUGGAGACCAGCUUGGCCGAACUGAGGAAUCAGAUAGCUGUCCCCCCACCCCAGGAGCCCCCCGCAGGGCCCUCGGAGGCGGAAGAGCAGCUACAAGCCAGAGCGGAACAGCUACAGCAGGAACUUGAGGUCCUGACGGGGCAGCUGCGGGCCCAAAUCCAGGACAAUGAGAGUCUGAGUCGCCUGAAUCAGGAGCAGGGGCAGCGGCUGCUGGAGCUGGAGCAGGAGGCCGAGCGCUGGGGCGAGCAGGCGGAGAUGCGCAAGCAGAUCCUGGAGGACAUGCAGAGCGACCGCACCACCAUCAGCCGCGCGCUCGCCCAGAACCGCGAGCUCAAGGAGCAGCUGGCCGAGCUGCAGGACAGUUUUGUCCGGCUGACCAACGAGAACAUGGAGAUCACCAGCACGCUUCAGACGGAGCAGUAUGUCAAGAAGGAGCUGGCCAAGAAGCUGGGCCAGCUACAGGAGAGGCUGGGGGAGCUGAAGGAGACGGGGCUCCUGGAAGCUGUCAACCAACAGAACCAGCAGCUACAGGCCCAGCUGAGCCUCAUGGCGCUGCCUGGGGAAGGAGAUGGACUGGAUGGAGAGGAGAUGGAGGAGGAGGCCCCCCGGCCAAAGCUGAGUGUGCCGGAGGACCUGGGUAGCCGAGAGGCCAUGAGCCGCUUUACAGAGGUCAUGCAAGCGAACGUGGAUCUGAAGGAGCGGGUUGAGGAGCUGGAGCAUCGCUGCAUUCAACUGUCUGGAGAAACAGAUACUAUUGGAGACUACAUCACCCUGUAUCAGAACCAGAGGGCGGUACUGAAGGAGCGCCACCGGGAGAAGGAGGAGUACAUCAGCCGGCUGGCUAAGGACAAGGAGGAGAUGAAGGUGAAGCUGCUGGAGCUGCAGGAGCUGGUGGUGCGCCUGGUCGGUGAGCGCAAUGAGUGGUACGGCAGGUUCCUGGGGGCUGCCCAGAACCCUGCUGGGGAGCCCACCACAGCGCCCCCGGCCCCCCAGGCCGCUGGCGCUGCUCUCAGCCAAGGCGAUCUGCACGAGGUGAGCCUGGCGGACAGCGCGGAGCCGGGCCCUGCUGCGCUCGAGAACUCCACCGCCCAGCAGAUCAUGCAGCUGCUGUGUGAGCUGCAGAGCCCGCAGGAGUACCCGGGCCUGAGCAGAAACCCCUGCAUCCCCUUCUUCUACCGGGCCGACAGCGACGCUGGCGUGAAGAUCAUGGUGAUCUAG